AUGUCGGAGCACAGCAGAAAUUCAGACCAAGAAGACGCCCUCAGCGAGGAGCUUAACGAGGAUGAGCUCUUAGCCAACUUGUCCCCCGAAGAGCUGAAGGAGCUGCAGUCGGAGAUGGAAGUCAUGGCCCCUGACCCCCACCUUCCUGUGGGGAUGAUCCAAAAAGAUCAAACCAACAAAGCACCUACAGGAAACUUUGACCAUAAAUCUCUCGUCGAUUACAUGUAUUUGCAAAAGGCGUCUAGACGCAUGGUGGAGGAUGAACGUGUUCCUGUCAGUUUCGUGCAGUCUGAGGAAAGCACUCAAAACCCACAUGAAGUAAGAGGCAUUAAAACCAUGCCCCAAUUUUUAAAAGAAAAGCUCAACAGUGAAAUAGUUGCAAAUAAAAGGGGAGCCAACGGGAGCAACAAUAUACAAGAACCAGAAGAUGAUGAAGAGGAUGACGAGGAUGAAGAGGAUGGUGAGGAAGAUGAAGAGGAUGAUGAAGAAGAUGAAGAGGAUGAAGAUGAAAAAGCCAAAAGAGAAAAAAGCAAAGCACAGGAACAAAUCCAAAAUAGUUCCAGCACCAGCCAGCAGCUGGCUACGAAAACACUGGAAGAGCAAAAAGACAGAGCAGAGACCAAAGAAAAAACCGAGAAGAAAAUAGCCAAAUUAGACCCAAAGAAGUUAGCUCUAGACACCAGUUUUCUGAAAGUAAGUGCAAGACCUUCAGGGAACCAGACAGACCUGGACGGAAGCUUGAGACGAGUGAGACAGAACGACCCUGACAUGAAGGAACUCAACCUGAACAACAUUGAGAAUAUUCCUAAAGAAAUGUUACUGGACUUUGUCAAUGCAAUGAAGAAGAACAAACACAUCAAAAGCUUUAGUUUGGCCAACGUCGGUGCAGACGAGAGUGUAGCAUUCGCCUUGGCCAACAUGCUGCGUGAAAACAGGAGCAUCACCACGCUGAAUAUCGAGUCCAACUUCAUCACAGGGAAGGGCAUCGUGGCCAUCAUGAGGUGCCUCCAGUUUAAUGAGACUCUCACAGAACUUCGUUUUCACAACCAGAGGCACAUGCUUGGCCACCACGCCGAAAUGGAAAUUUCAAGGCUUUUGAAGGCCAACAACACUCUGCUGAAGAUGGGCUACCAUUUUGAGCUUCCAGGUCCCAGGAUGGUGGUAACGAAUCUGCUUACCAGGAACCAGGAUAAACGGAGGCAGAAAAGACAAGAGGAGCAACAACAGCAGCAACUUAAAGAGCAGAGAAAGCUGAUAGCUAUGCUGGAGAAUGGGUUGGGGCUGCCCCCUGGGAUGUGGGAGAGACUGGGGGGACCCAUGCCCGAUCCCAGAAUGCAGGAGUUCUUCCAGCCUUCAUCUGGACGACCUCUCGCUGCUCAGGAAGUCGCUUUUGGUGGAAGAAACGAAAUGAUGAAGAAUCCACCCCCACCUCCGCAGAGCAAGACCGACCCUGACUCCUUCAGGGUGGUGAAGCUGAAGAGAAUUCAGCGCAAAUCUCGAAUGCCGCCGGAAGCCGGAGAGACACAGGAGAAAACCAACCUCAAAGAUGUCAUCAAAACGCUCAAGCCGGUGCCAAGAAAUAGGCCACCCCCGCUGGUGGAAAUCACUCCCAGAGACCAGCUCUUGAAUGACAUCCGACACAGCAAUGUUGCCUACCUAAAACCGGUACAGCUGCCUAAGGAACUGGCGUAA